AUGCGACUGCGGUCGCGUUCUUACGUAAAUCAGAUCUGUGAUGAUGUACACAAGACUAGGAAACCGACGCGUCAUUCUUUACGAGUAUCGAAAACUCCUGAUAUAAGGAGCAGACUUCGGAACUUUAACGGUAACCGAACUCCCAACCGUUCUACUCCUCCGAAAAAGAAUAUCGAAAUUGAUGCUUGGAGCGUAUCAUCGAAUGGGACAUCUGAUUUAGAGAAUCGCGAAAAUUUCGGUGGACGUCUUUUUCAUUUCCGGCAUAGCGAACCUGUGCUGUCACCACUUUUCUCACCGCGUCGUUUCCGAUCUUUGAGUAAAGACCAAGCAGCGAAAAUCAAACGAUUGAAUGCUCGAAAAAUUGAGUUUGAUGCAGAAGGAGCGCUGGAAAUAUCUGAAUUUAGCUCUUCUGGGAAUACUGAUGAGUCGUUUUUCACUCAAUCUAUAGUUGGUGAUCCCCGGACAAAAUUACUAGAACUUUGUGGUCAAACGGAAGUUCGAUCGUUUUCAUCUUUCUUCGAUGCAGAAAGCUUGGAAAAUAUUUCCAAGAUUGGUGAGGGGGUCUACGGUGAAGUCUUUCAAGCUAACAAAACCUGUGUUAUUAAAGUAUUUCCCAUCGAUGGUAAUAUUCCUGUUAAUGGGGAAAAGCAAAUGGAAUCACGUCGUGUAUAUCCAGAAGUUUUCAUUUCAAAACAACUCACAGAACUUGGCUUCAGGUACCGCCAAAAUAGAACGGUCAAUUUCAUUCAACUGCGGAGAGCCGCUAUUGUUUGUGGCAAGUGGCCAGCAGAAUUGACUGCCGCUUGGAAAAAGUACGAAGCAGAGCACGGCUCUGACAACGAAUGUCUCGAUUUCCUCCCAAGAUCUCAGGAAUGGAUGAUACUCGAAUUUGACUAUGCUGGCAAGCCCCUGGGCACUAUCAAAUUUUCUUCUUACCGCGAGGCGCGUUCGGUGAUUGAGCAGAUAACUCUGUCCCUAGCGGCGGCGGAGUCGGCGCUGCAGUUCGAGCAUCGUGAUCUCCAUUGGCUUAACGUCCUCGUGAAGCCUACAAAACAGACAAAACUGCGCUACCGCGUCAACGGAGUCAGCUACUCUGUGCAGACGGAGGGUGUGCGUGUCUGCAUAAUCGAUUUCACGGUCUCUCGUCUCUGCCAUGAAGGCAACAUCGUGUAUGUGGACAUGUCAGAUUCUCCCGAAAUUUUCGAAUGUGAAGGUGACUAUCAGUUUGAAAUUUACCGAAUGAUGCGCAAUAUGAACGGGAACAACUGGCGACCAUUUCGUCCCAUCACGAAUCUCUACUGGUUGCACUACUUAAUGGAGAAACUGUUGACUGAGACAUCCUACCCACGACGUGACCCCGACAGCCAAGCGGUACAGUCGGAGCUGGCGGCGCUGCAUGACAGCGUCCUCUCAGGCUCCUACGACUCCGCUAUGCGUCUCACCCGCCUGCAUCCAGUCAAUUCAGAAAUACAGAGUCCCGUGGAAGAAGGAGUUCUGGCCAUUACCUGCUUCCUUGCCCCGGUGGACUUUUCCGCCAUCCUAAAUGGUGGAACAUUUUGCACCAAGUUGGACCUAGAUAUCUGUGAUGAUGUACACAAGACUAGGAAACCGACGCGUCAUUCUUUACGAGUAUCGAAAACUCCUGAUAUAAGGAGCAGACUUCGGAACUUUAACGGUAACCGAACUCCCAACCGUUCUACUCCUCCGAAAAAGAAUAUCGAAAUUGAUGCUUGGAGCGUAUCAUCGAAUGGGACAUCUGAUUUAGAGAAUCGCGAAAAUUUCGGUGGACGUCUUUUUCAUUUCCGGCAUAGCGAACCUGUGCUGUCACCACUUUUCUCACCGCGUCGUUUCCGAUCUUUGAGUAAAGACCAAGCAGCGAAAAUCAAACGAUUGAAUGCUCGAAAAAUUGAGUUUGAUGCAGAAGGAGCGCUGGAAAUAUCUGAAUUUAGCUCUUCUGGGAAUACUGAUGAGUCGUUUUUCACUCAAUCUAUAGUUGGUGAUCCCCGGACAAAAUUACUAGAACUUUGUGGUCAAACGGAAGUUCGAUCGUUUUCAUCUUUCUUCGAUGCAGAAAGCUUGGAAAAUAUUUCCAAGAUUGGUGAGGGGGUCUACGGUGAAGUCUUUCAAGCUAACAAAACCUGUGUUAUUAAAGUAUUUCCCAUCGAUGGUAAUAUUCCUGUUAAUGGGGAAAAGCAAAUGGAAUCACGUCGUGUAUAUCCAGAAGUUUUCAUUUCAAAACAACUCACAGAACUUGGCUUCAGGUACCGCCAAAAUAGAACGGUCAAUUUCAUUCAACUGCGGAGAGCCGCUAUUGUUUGUGGCAAGUGGCCAGCAGAAUUGACUGCCGCUUGGAAAAAGUACGAAGCAGAGCACGGCUCUGACAACGAAUGUCUCGAUUUCCUCCCAAGAUCUCAGGAAUGGAUGAUACUCGAAUUUGACUAUGCUGGCAAGCCCCUGGGCACUAUCAAAUUGGAUAGUGUCAUUCUCAUGUAUUUACUUAUUUCUGAUUUCUUAAUAAUCUAUUUGUUCUCCAGAGGGAAACUUCUCAAUGACAGCAUCUUUGUGUGCGUGCUCAUGCACCUAAAUAGCGUUCGUGCGUACGUCUCCAUGCUUACGCGUAUUUCAUUUUCUUCUUACCGCGAGGCGCGUUCGGUGAUUGAGCAGAUAACUCUGUCCCUAGCGGCGGCGGAGUCGGCGCUGCAGUUCGAGCAUCGUGAUCUCCAUUGGCUUAACGUCCUCGUGAAGCCUACAAAACAGACAAAACUGCGCUACCGCGUCAACGGAGUCAGCUACUCUGUGCAGACGGAGGGUGUGCGUGUCUGCAUAAUCGAUUUCACGGUCUCUCGUCUCUGCCAUGAAGGCAACAUCGUGUAUGUGGACAUGUCAGAUUCUCCCGAAAUUUUCGAAUGUGAAGGUGACUAUCAGUUUGAAAUUUACCGAAUGAUGCGCAAUAUGAACGGGAACAACUGGCGACCAUUUCGUCCCAUCACGAAUCUCUACUGGUUGCACUACUUAAUGGAGAAACUGUUGACUGAGACAUCCUACCCACGACGUGACCCCGACAGCCAAGCGGUACAGUCGGAGCUGGCGGCGCUGCAUGACAGCGUCCUCUCAGGCUCCUACGACUCCGCUAUGCGUCUCGUGCGCUCUUCCUUCUAUUUCGACACCUGUCGAAUCGAAUAA